AUGGAAGAGGUGGGUGCGCAAGUAGCUGCUCCCGUAUUCAUUCAUCAAGCACUUUCUAGUAGAUAUUGUGAUUUGAGUUCCAUGGCAAAAAAACGCGACCUUUCAUACCAGACGCCCAAUUUUCAGCUCCAACAACAGCACUUUCUUCAGACCUCCAGGGAAAAAAACUGGAAUUCUAAGGCUUGGGAUUGGGAUAGUGUCGGUUUUGUUGCUAAACCGUCUGAUGCUGCUGAAACUUUACGUCUGGGAACUGCAUCUAGGGAGCCUAAGAAGAAAGAUGAGAGUGAUUUCAAGACCAAAUCCAAUUCUGCUAACGAAGAUGAUGGUCUUGGCUUGAAUCUAGGUGGGAGUUUGACUUCUGUUGACGAGCCUGUAUCAAGACCCAACAAGAGGGUCAGGUCUGGAUCCCCUGGCAAUGGUAGUUAUCCAAUGUGUCAGGUCGAUAACUGCAAGGAAGAUCUCACUAGUGCUAAAGACUAUCAUCGCCGGCAUAAAGUGUGCGAAGUUCAUAGUAAAGCCACGAAAGCGCUAGUGGGAAAACAGAUGCAGAGGUUUUGUCAGCAGUGCAGCAGGUUUCAUCCUCUCACUGAGUUUGAUGAGGGAAAGAGAAGUUGUAGGCGUAGGCUUGCAGGGCACAACCGACGGAGGAGGAAAACCCAGCCUGAGGAUGUUACCUCACGGCUGCUACUCCCUGGAAACCGGGAUAUAAACAGUAAUGGAAACUUGGAUAUUGUAAACUUGUUAACUGCUUUGGCUCGCUCUCAAGGGAGGAAUGAGGAUAAAGGUACCAACUGCGCAGCAGUACCAGAUAAAGACCAACUUAUUCAUAUUCUUAGCAAAAUAAAUUCUCUGCCUCUGCCAAUGGAUCUUGCUGCAAAAUUGUCCAAUAUUGCAAGUUUAAAUGGGAAAAAUGCUGACCAACCUUCAUCAGCGCAUCAAAACAGAUUGCAGGGAACUGCAUCUUCUUCAUCUACCAUGGACUUACUGACUGUACUUUCAGCCACUUUGGCUACAUCUGCUCCAGAUGCUCUUGCAAUUUUAUCUCAGAGGAGCAGUCAGAGCAGUGACAGUGAGAAGUCUAAGUUGACUGGCCCCACUCAAGUCACUGGUCCCAAUCUGCAGAAGAGAUCUAAUGUAGAAUUUCCUUCUGUGGGCGGUGAGAGAAUUAGUCACUGUUACGAGUCUCCUGUUGAAGAUUCAGAUUACCAGAUUCAAGAAUCUCGGCCUAACUUACCAUUGCAGCUGUUUAGCUCGUCACCUGAGAAUGAUAGCCCUCUAAAACUAGCAUCUUCUAGGAAAUAUUUUUCUUCUGACAGCAGUAAUCCCAUCGAAGAGAGGUCUCCAUCAUCAUCUCCUCCUGUGGUGCAGAAGUUGUUCCCAUUGCAGAGCACUGCAGAAACAAUGAAGUCUGAGAAGAUGUCAAUUAGCAGAGAGGUCAAUGCAAAUGUUGAAGGUAGCAGGAGUCAUGGCUGUGUUUUGCCGUUUGAGCUCUUUAGAGGUCCAAACAGAGAGCCUGACCAUGGUUCAUUUCAAAGUUUCCCUUAUCAAGGAGGAUAUACGUCUUCCUCUGGGUCUGAUCAUUCACCUUCUAGUCAGAACUCUGAUUCUCAGGAUCGAACGGGGCGAAUAAUUUUUAAACUAUUUGACAAGGAUCCUAGUCAUUUCCCUGGGACAUUGCGCGCACAGGUAUACAAUUGGCUUUCUAACAGUCCUUCAGAAAUGGAGAGCUACAUAAGGCCUGGCUGUGUGGUUCUAUCAGUCUAUCUGUCAAUGUCGCCUGCUGCCUGGGAGCGACUUGAAAGGAACCUGCUUCAGCUAGUCGAUUCUUUGGUUCAAGAUUCAGAUUCUGAUUUAUGGAGGAGUGGAAGGUUUUUAUUAAAUACAGGCAGGGAGCUAGCAUCACAUAAAGAUGGAAAGGUUCGUUUGUGCAAAUCCUGGAGAACAUGGAGUUCCCCAGAGUUGAUAUCGGUCUCCCCCGUGGCAGUUGUUGGUGGGCAAGAAACCUCACUUCAGUUAAAGGGAAGAAAUCUGACUAAUCCGGGCACCAAGAUUCAUUGCACGUAUAUGGGAGGAUACACAACAAAGGAAAUCACGUGCUCAACUUCUCCCAGAUCCAUAUAUGAUGAGAUAAAUGUGGGGAGUUUCAAAAUCCACGGUCCAUCUCCUAGUAUUUUAGGUCGUUGUUUCAUUGAGGUAGAAAAUGGUUUCAAGGGCAACAGUUUUCCUGUAAUAAUAGCUGAUGCUCCCAUCUGUAAAGAAUUGAGACUGCUUGAAUCGGAGUUUGAUGAAAAGGCUAAAGUAGGUGAUAUUGUUUCAGAAGAACAGGCUCGUGACUUGGGGCGACCUAGUUCAAGGGAGGAAGUUCUGCAUUAUUUAAAUGAACUUGGAUGGCUAUUCCAAAGGAAUAGGGUGCCUGCUAUGCUUGAGGUUCCAGAUUAUUCACUUGGCCGCUUCAAGUUUUUGCUCAUUUUCUCAGUUGAAAGAGAUUAUUGUGUGUUGGUCAAAACAAUUUUGGACAUGCUGGUAGAAAGGAAUAUGUGUAGGGAUGAGCUAUCUAAGGAGUCAUCAGAGAUGCUGUCUGAGGUUCAGCUCUUGAGCCGGUCAGUGAAAAGGAGGUGCAGGAAAAUGGCGGACUUGCUUAUUCAUUAUUUUAUAACUAGCCAUGAUAAUUCCUCUAGAACAUAUAUUUUCCCACCAAAUGUUGGGGGACCUGGAGGUAUCACACCUUUACAUUUGGCUGCUUGUGCAUCAGGUUCAGAUAGUUUGGUUGAUGCCCUGACAAAUGACCCACACGAGAUUGGGCUAUCCUGUUGGAAUUCUCUUCUGGAUGCAAAUAGCCAGUCUCCGUAUGCCUAUGCUGUCAUGACAAAAAACCACUCUUAUAACUUAUUGGUGGCUCGUAAACUUGCUGACAAAAGAAAUGGUCAAGUUUCUGUGACAAUUGGAAAUGAGAUAGAACAGCCAGCGAUGGAGCAAGAACAUGGUGCAAUUUCACAGUUUCAGCAAGGGCGUAAAUCCUGUGCUAAGUGUGCAAUUGUGGCGGCUAAGUUCCACAAGAGGGUUCCGGGUUCACAGGGCUUGCUUCAGCGUCCCUACGUUCAUUCAAUGCUUGCUAUUGCUGCUGUUUGUGUUUGUGUCUGCCUGUUCUUCCGAGGUGCACCAGACAUUGGCUUAGUUGCUCCUUUCAAAUGGGAGAAUUUGGAUUAUGGAACCAUUUAG